AUCCCUGUGAUGACAGGAGCCUUCAUGGACUCCCCUAUCGAUGAGUGCAACACCGAGUUCUCACUGUUCAACUCAUCAACCAAUAUGAACGAGAGCUCGUCAGCUCCGAAUCAGGUCGAGGAGCCAGCUCGCACCUCCAACGACGCCAUCUGGUUAUGGAUCGCGAUAAUAGCAACUAUCGGAAACAUUGUGGUGGUUGGUGUUGUGUACGCUUUCACCUUUUAGGAGAAUCAUGGUCAGACAAUUCGAGGCAACUGCCCUUCCAACAGUCUGCCCACACAGUUGGAGGAUUUUAUAUAAUAUACUGUACAACUCGAUCACUUAUGGGCCUGCAUGUUCUAAUGGUAGCCUGUAGCCCUGUGUCACAUGUGUAUUCAGUUUUGGUUACUGGUCAGUCAAUGGCUCCAAAUCAAUUGGCCUCUUCAGCUUUGUAUCUGCAGGGAGCUGACAUUCCCUAACAGAUAAGCUACAAACUGCUAUCUUUUAAUGAAGAGAUCCUUGCAUAAGUCAACAAUAUCGAUAUUUACUGGAAGGAGCCUCCUUUGAGGGAAUUUACAUGGCAAUUUUCAGUUGCCAGCUGCACCCCUUCCUUCCCCCCACCAAUUAUUUAGCACAUUCCAGUAGGUCAACGCAGUUUGAUGGCAGUGUUGGAUUUUGCUUUAAGAAUUAAAUACAAACCGCAUCAGAGUUAUUUUUGAAAUAUAAUACUUUUAUAAAUACAGUUUAACUCAGCUUUAGGGGAAAUGUAAAGGGUUAAGAGUCACUUCCUGGGCAGGUAGUGGCAAUGGGUUUUUAUUGAGAUCUUCUUAAAUUCUUGUUGCCAGGCAAUCCUUCCUCUGUGCAAGAUAAGACUCAACAGGGUCAAGUUGGCGAGGGAGAGAGGCUUAAAGGAUUUGGUCGUCUGGUUUUAGGGACAUGCUGAUCCUGAGUCACAUUGGUUAUCUCUGUAAAACACAGGGAUAUUUUAGUGUUAGGAAAUAUCGAUGUCACAUUUGCCUGCUCCAUUCCUCCUGGAUCCUCUUCCUAUUGUGUGACUGAACUCUGCUUCAACAAACAAUGGCGUCGUGAAACACUAAAAUUUGCAGUGUUGAAUUUCUGUGAGUCAUCUCCAAAAGCUGGGGUAUUUGUGGACAACACCAAAGAAAUGGCAUUACAGCAUGAACGAUUAGGAUAAGUGAGAAGCUUCAAAUAUGAUCGUUCUGUAAAAGCUAUCAUUCAUUGCUUUAAGUACAAGUGCUUUAAUAGCAGUUUAUUUAUAUAUUUAACUGUCAAUGCGGCCGAGGACAGGAUGGAUUCAUAAUGGGUUAGAUAGGGAACCAGCAGCCUUUUUUAUAUUUGUUUGGUGAAAUUAAUACAAAACAAAUAAUGGUGUAAAUAUAACCUUGCAAAAUAUUUCUUAUUUGCUUUCUGCCUUAUAAGGAGAGGUUGAAUUGGUUGGCCUGUACCCAUUGGAGUUUAGAAGAAUGAGAGGCGACUUUAUUGAAACAUACAAGAUUCUUAGGGACUUGACCGGAUAGAUGCAGAGGGGCUUGUGGGAUAGAUUAAGACCAGAGGAUAUCAUCUCAGGGUAUGGGUUGCCCAUUUAAAUCAGAAAUUGGGAAGAAAUUCUCUCUCUCAGAGGGGAGUAAA